AAAAAAGAGUCGCGAGUCGCGACUGCAGGUGCGAGUACGAUAAAUGAACUCCCAUUGCCCUAGUCAGAGAAUUUGGAAUCUCAAUUUCGUACUCGCCCCCAAAUCUCAGUACAGAUCCCUGCUGUGCUACGAUCUCACAGCUCACUGCUCAACGGUCUUCGUCAACACUUGCAGAUUAUGCGCAGUGUGUGCUUUUUGUGUGCAGUUGCUUAGUUGUGAUAGUGGCAUCAGUAGUCUCUCUCUGUAUCUCCAAUUCAUCGUAAAAGAAACAGAAUUGAUACCUCAAUGAGACUUGAUCCUCCGCAUCCGUCAACUGGAAACCGUAACGACAGUGCAGGAGUUAAAUCAUGCAAUGGAGGAGAUAAACCAGCUGAUUCCGCUCCAAUCAUCAUUGACUGUGAAACGAGCAGUCGAAAAUCAUCUGAGCCGCACGAGAGCAAGGAAUUCGAGUCAAAAGAGGAGGCUUUCAACUUCUACAAAGCACACGCACUAUCCGUUGGAUUUUCCGCCAUCAUAAAGGCCAGCCGUCGAUCGAGAAUUUCUGGUAAGUUCAUCGAUGCUAAGUUUGUGUGUACUCGAUAUGGAGCCAAGCCAGAAACUAGCAGUUUAGCUGAGAGUUCAGAACUCACACGCAAUGCUCAUGUGAAGAAGAAACGAGGUCGUAUUAAUCGAUCGUGGUCGAAAACAGAUUGUAAAGCUUGUAUGCACGUUAAGAGGAGGCAGGAUGGGAGGUGGAUUGUGAGCAGUUUUGUAAAGGAGCAUAAUCAUGAUCUCGUUAUAGACAGUGCUGGUUUGAGAAAUGUAUGUAGCUCAAAUUCUGCGCAGGUUAGGAGGAAGAAGAUGUGUCCUAGCUUGGCUCGACAUGAAAGCACUGGUUUGAACUCGAGUGGCUCAAUUUCAGGCUUCCGUGAGGGAGAUGUGCAGGUAUUGCUCGAGUAUUUCUCUUGUAUGCAAGACGAUAACCCUUUCUUCUUUUACGCGAUUGAUUUGAACAAAAAGCAGCUCCUGAGGAAUGUGUUUUGGGCUGAUGCAAAAGGGAGAAUUGAUUAUCUGAACUUCGGAGAUGUGGUGCUGUUUGACACUAUGUAUAAGAGGAAUGAGUCUAAGUUGCCAUUUGUACCUUUUAUUGGCAUGAACAAUCAUUUUGAGUUCGUGUUGCUUGGUUGUGGUUUUGUCGCUGAUGAGAGUAAAUCUUCGUAUGCUUGGUUGCUUCGUGCGUGGCUCAGGUCAGUGCACGGGCGAGCUCCUAAGGUGAUACUGACUGAUCAGGACCCCAUGCUGAAGGAGGCUGUUGAUGAAGUUCUUCCCGCCUCUCGCCAUUGUUUCUGUCUGUGGCACGUGUUGAGUAAGAUCCCGGAGAAGCUAGGUUAUGCGAUGAGGCAGCACAAGGAGUUGGUGGACGAGUUUCAUAAGUGCAUUUUGAAGUCUCAAACUGAAGAACAGUUUGAGAAAAGUUGGUGGAAAUUGGUGGAUAGGUUCGAGUUGAGGAGUGAUAAGUGGAUUGAGUCGUUGCAUGAUGAUCGCCUGAGAUGGGUUCCGAUGUAUAUGAAGGACACAUUCUUGGCAGGGUUGUCGUCUCCACAACGUUUGGAAAGCAUUGUUUCUGUUUUAGACAGAUGCUUGCUGCGUAAGGCAAGUUUGAAGGAGUUUCUGCAACAGUAUAAGAUAAUGUUACAUGAGAGAUGUGAAGAUGAAGCAAAAUCAGAGUUUGAUAGUUGGCAGAGGCAACCAGGAUUGAAGUCCCCCUCUCCUUAUGGGAAACAAAUGGCUCAGAUAUACACUCAUGCCGUAUUCAAGAAGUUCCAAGUCGAGGUUUUGGGAGUGGUUGCUUGUCACCCAAAGCUGGAAGGUAGAGACGAUGAUGCAACGAAUAUAUUCAAGGUUCACGACUUUGAAGAAAACCAGGUUUAUCUUGUUACAUGGAAUGAAGACACAGCUGAUGCAUCUUGUGCAUGCCGCAUGUUUGAGUAUAAUGGUUUUCUUUGUAGACAUGUGAUGAUUGUUCUACAAAUUUGUGGUGUGAAUACCAUCCCAACUAAAUAUAUCUUGAGGCGAUGGACAAAGAACGUGAAGAAUGGGGAGGGAGCAAGACAAGUUGAUGGAAUCGAAUCCAGGAAUGAACGAUACAGUGAUUUAUACCAGCGUGCUUGUAAACUUGGCGAUGUAGCUUCGUUAUGCCAAGAAACCUACAGAAUUGCUACUGCUGCAGUAGAAGAGGCUGUUAGAAAGUGUGAGAGCAUCAACAAUGCAGUCCAAACUGUGUUGCACCCCAGUUCUCCAUCAAACUAUGCUCUUCAUGAAUCUCAAGGAUUAAUUCAGGGCAAGACUAAAACAGAGGAAAUCAUCUCAGGAAAAGAAAAGGUGCAUUUGGUGCAUGAAGGAAUGACCACUGGACUGCACUGGGACCAAAUGGGAUAUUUGAAUUUUCGAGCAUCAGCACUCGAUUGUUAAUGUUACGGACCACAACAAACUGAAUGAGGGAUGGUAUGAUGCCGCUGCAUAUUUCUGCAGAAGAAUACUGUUUGUUACAUUUUUUACUCUACUAGAGAUCGAGCAGUAGUUCGUUUCAUGGGAUCUUUGUAUCGGAUAACUAAAGUGGUAACCAAACUUGAGAGUUCUAACCUAGAAAAUGCUAGAUUACUUUACUAAUCUACCUGUGAUGGGAAGCUAUUUUGGGCUAAUCUGAUGUAUACAGUUGAUAAACAAGAUCACCUUUUAAUAGAAAGUUAAAAAGGGAACAUCUCUCUCUUCAGUUUUCUUUGA